AUGCUGAUUGCCAAGGCGGUUGUGGUUUGCUGGAUCGUCUACGCAGUCCAAAAGAGUCGCGAAUCGGCCGAGUUUGCAAACCAGUACGAGGCCGCAACCUCCAAGAUCAUUGAAAGCUACGAAGGCAUUGUUCACAAGAUGGGCGCCAUUGGUGGUCUGGGAGUGCAGCUCACCUCGCAAAGUGUCGAGGAGGGCACUCCUUUCCCCUUCGUCUCGCUACCACACUUUCACUUACGCGCGCAGAAUGCAAAAGAUCUUUCUGGUGCACUCGCGGUUACCAUUAAUCCUGUAGUACAUGCCCAUCAAUUCCAAAAGUGGGAUGAGUUUGUCAACGACCCACACAAUAAUGCAUGGAUCAAGGAGAUCUCUGACUACCAGGACGCAUUGGGCAUUAAUCAGUUUGGAGAUGAUACGUACGAUCAGCAACGAAGAAUCGUUUCCAAUCGAACGGUUGAUGUCAUGCGCUACUUUAAUGCAUCAAGUAUGCCCGUCCCAGAAGAUGGCCUCUCAGAGAGCUACUAUCUUCCCCAGUGGCAAGGCAGUCCCUUGGCACACAAUGGCAACCGUGUCAACGUCAACUCACUACGCCAACCCCAACUUCGUGACGCGUCCUUUUGGAUUUUGCAGCACAAGACGGCCUUUGUCGGCUCCUUUCUGGUCGGCAAACCAGGUACCAUAUCGAAUCCACAUCCAGUGACGUCGCUCUUGGCCUUUCUCAUGAGUGCCAAACAAAUGAAAGAAGUAUCCUACGAGGGCGAUCCCUUAUCACCAGUGCACUUCCCCAUCUUUGACAGCUUUCAAAUGAGUAGUCGCAGAGUCGUGGCCAUGAUGUCAGUCUACAUCCAUUGGGCAUCCUACCUCCAGAACAUACUUCCUUCCAUCAGUAACUGCAGUCUCUAUGUUGUCCUUGAAAACUCGUGUCAAGGACCUGCUAGUCCGCGCCAGUUCACUUACAUUGUACAGGCGAAGUCGAGACACAUUCCUCGUUUCGUUUCUGGUAAUCUCGUUCGUAUGAUGGGUAGUGGGAACUGAUGUCGAAGUUUCCCCGUUGCUGCUUUGCUCGACGUCGUCAUUGUCAUUCCCGCCGACCCUCGACGAGGAGUAGCUCGACGAGCUCCCGUCGUUGAUUUGGGCAUCUUCGUUCUCGACUUUACCAGUAGCCACCAUCAUGAUUGUCUUUUGGUUCUUCGAAUGGGAUCAAGAGAGUAUCA